AUGCCAGCAGGACGAAAGAGCGUGGAAAUCAGCAUUAAGAGGCAAGAUAUCGACUGGAUUGUCACGGAGGGUGGUGGUAGCCGACUCUCGCGGAGUUUCAUUUCCGCCAGCGCGGGUGGCGCAAUACAGCAGCGUGCUUCCGUAAGUGGUGGCGCCAGCGAGAGGAAAUCCUGGCUGCCAGCGGCAGUCACCGACGUUUUCAUUGAGCUGGACGGCGUCCAGUUCUCGGCGAGGCUGAAGACGCGCUUGUGA